CUGAGACGGACCAACGGUAGAAACAAAUCCGACUGUCACCGAUUCUUAACGAUAACGGAUUAAAAAACGAAAUCGGCACUGAAAUACUCAACAAAUAUAUUGAAGGCAGCUACUCUCCGUUCGUCUUUAACGUUAUUAAUACGGAUCUACGGCGCACGUCGUCUCUGACGGUACGCUACCGUUACAAACAAUAAUAACAAUGGCUUCUGGGUCGCCGUCGUCCUCUCCGGACACUGCGACGGGCUCAGGUACAGACCCAGCCCGGCCCGACACAGGGGAGCCUCUCGGUGGAGCAGGCUCGGACUCGGACUCAGACAUGGGUUUGGGUAAAUUUGACUGCAGCGCCAUUGAUGACACGGGGGACCGGCUGGAUGGAGAAGGGCUGGAGCAGGAGUUUGAGUCUGCAGCCGACCGCGUACGAGAUCUGGUUCAGACUGCCAGUAGGGACCAGCUGCUGUACCUGUAUGCACGAUACAAACAGGCCAAAGUGGGAAAGUGCAAUACACAAAAGCCUGGCUUCUUUGACUUUGAAGGACAGAGAAAAUGGCAAGCCUGGAAGCAGCUUGGCGACAUGGAGGCGGAUCAGGCAAUGCAGGAGUACAUUUCUUGUGUCAAUGUGUUAGACCCUGAAGGCUGCACAAAGGAAAGACGACAAGCAGAAAGAAGAACGGGCUUCGGAGGAGCAACAGUCAGCUCGCUAUACCAGGAGGAGAUGAUCAGGGAAGAGGAUAAGAACAUCUUUGACUACUGCAGAGAAAAUAACAUCGACCACAUUAGCAAGGCCAUCAUCUCGCAGAAAGUGGACGUCAAUACUAAAGACGAAGAGGGCCGGGCUCUCCUGCACUGGUCCUGUGACAGAGGACACAAGGAGCUGGUUUCUGUAUUACUGCAGCACAAAGCAGACAUCAACAGUCAGGAUAAUGAAGGACAGACAGCGCUACAUUAUGCAUCAGCGUGUGAGUUUGCUGACAUCGUGGAGCUCCUGCUGAACGCUGGAGCCGACCCGUCCAUCAAAGACAUGGAGGGCUCUCUCCCUGAGGAGGUCACUGAAUCCAGUGCCAUCUCCUCUCUCCUGUGUCACUACACGGCUCCAAAAGGCUAGCUCACCCACCUGCCACCACCCUGGUCCUCGCCCCCGUCCUUGUCUCAUCCCCGCUCCACUCAUUCGACCAUCCUCCUCAUCAUCCCUCCUUCAUCCCUGAAGAUACUCUGUUCUUCCCCAGCAGUUAGUAGACCAGGAUUAUAAGUUUUAUUUGAUUUGAUUUUCAAAUACUUGAGGUGAGUUUGGUUAUGUUGGCUUAGCUCUGUGGAACUACAGGGUGUAAACAUUAGCCCUUCCAUUUGAUGAGUGUCAAAUGAAGCAAACCACAUGUAAUUUCAAUCAUCCAAAUAAUGUAUAUUGACUUUAUAUGCCCAGUAGGGUUGGGUGAUAUGACUUAUACUGUGAGUACUGCUGGAGAAUUUGCUAUACUGAGGUUGUUAUACCUUAAAUAUCUUUUGCUGUAUUCGACCAAUGCAGGCAAUGUUGCAAAUCAAUAAGCAGGACUGCUUAUUGACAAUAUUGGAAUGACAGGGUUUGUGCAUCAAUGUGGUGAAGUAUCUGUAUUUGUCAGGUAUUUAAGUCACCAAAACCAAGCCAGAACCAAAAAAAGACAUUCCCAUCCACUUAUUUGAUCUAUAAACAGUAAAAUAUUUCAGAAAGUUCAUACUGCGAUAUGAUAUUAAAUACCGUAAUAAAAGAUUUGAUACAUAUCACCCACUCCUACUGCCCAGGUCUGACUAUCAGCCAGGCCUUUCAGUCUGGGUCAGCCCUCUCUGACCAUUUGUUCAUGAUUCAGUUGUUACGUUCAAGGAAUGCUUUGAUCAUUUGUCAUUUAUCACAUUAAAGUCUUCAACAAAUA